CUAAUGGAGAAGAAUUCAAAGAGCACGAAGAAGUCUAAGCUAAAAUCAACAUCUUUUGUAAGGAAACCAGCGGGUAGCUCCCAGAAUAAGUCACAAGUGAGGAACUUGUCGAAUUUACCCCAAAAAGCGACUAAGCCAUUUGUAAGGUCAAAAACUACUUCUAAGAAUGCUCAUUUUGUGAGCCUGACUUCUAGUCAAGCUAAGCUUGACUUUCCAGUCAAGCUUAACCGGAAGAAUAAGGUUAUAAGGGAGAAGUUGAGGUAUAAGUAUCUGACCACUGUGAAGAAAUAUUUGGGGAUUCCUUAUAAAUAAAAGUUGCUAUAGUCCAAAAGACAAAGAGUACUACUACCCCUUCUAUAUAGACUGCUGCGGUGUCACUCGAAGAGCCUGUAUAGAUCUGAAGGAAGAGCUCGGAUUUGAUAUCGGCUGGUGGAACCAGGGGUAUCAAGUCGAUACCCUUCCUAUUGUCCUUGAUGAGGAAGAGCUAAGACCAGGCGAUAUUAUCUUUUAUUCAGCGAAGUUAUAUUCAAAAGAUGCGAAAGUACAUGCCCAUGAGAUGGUCCAUGUAGAAAUCUUUGUUGGUGGAGACUCUGGAAAGGAAUCUAUUGGUGCUCGAAGGAAAGGAGGAGUUGUCAAGCAGUAUGACCAUUUCAAAUUUGUUUCAAAGAGAUUCUACAAUACUGUCCUUCAUUAUAGAUCACUUGAUACUUGGCUUGAUGGAAUCUGUAAAUCUUGGUGCCCUGACCACAAGUGGACGACUAAUAAAUAACAGCGCUUAUUAUGUCAAGAUUCAUCGUAAAUAAGAAGAAAGAGCAGGAAAGAAGCCAGCUGAACGACAUCCCUCUUGAGGACUAUAUUGAAAGUAUGGCUAAGAAUGAAUUAUGCUAUUUCAUUAACGAGAGAUACCAAACAAAACCGAUCAUUGCAUAUCUAAAGAAGAAAGGUUUUUACGAAACCGACAUGAAUGACAAGUGGAGUUACAGAGCAAGGCUUGCUUUUGUAGUUAACCUCAACGAGAUUGACUAUGCGCGGUUUAAAAUUGGAUUUCAUAUGGUCAACAAGAUCCCAACUUUGUACAGAUUAAAUAUGGCUAAAAAUAUGGCAAAGGUGUGAGAAAACUUGAAAAUAUCUAUGCAAUUAGGGUACUUGGAUACCUUCAUCAACCUUGAUGAAAUGAUACCUGAAAUGUACAUCUUGGAUUCAAUCCCUGAUCUCUGGCAGUUCCUUAACUGUGAAAAUAAUGGUCUCUGGGAGGUAAUCAAUGGAAAUUAUUGUGAAGAGAACCCUCCUCUCGAGGUCCCAGAUGUGAUGAAAUUUAAACAUAAAAUUCUUUGAAUCAGGAAGUUAGAGAAACAUGAAAUCAGCAGUGAUGAAGAUACAGAUGAAGAGGCUAAAAUUAAGUCUCCGGGUAAAUCUGGUAGCAAGAAAGGAAGGACUAUCCUUGAUCCAGACCCUGACCCGACUUUGAACCCGAACCUUCCAAACCUCUUGCAUACAAAAUGAAGAGGCUUGAAGAGAGCCGCUUCAAGCUUGUCCCAGAAAGUUAUUGUUAAGAAAGAACUUGAUAAUGAUUUACCACAAAUAGUGUUGACGGUUCAUUUGUUGGUAGCUAGCGUGAAGCCGUACCUAUCCAUCAUCCACUCUGAAAAAUGCAAAGAAGACAUAAAGCAGUUCAUCUCAGAGCGAGAAGCAGCAGCCAAUGAAGAAGAAACUUGCGAAAAAGUAUUGACCGAAAUAAAAGAGUUUUCACGACUUCUAAUGAUGGAAAUGAAGUGACAUAUCACUCCAGUUUUCGGCUGUUUUGAGUUCUUCGAGUGUAGCUUUACACUUGAUAGUCAUUACAACCUCAGAUUCCGGACAAUAGAGUCAAACUCAAAUAUAUUCAAUAAGACUUGCACUUCAGCGAAAGAGAAGAUAGGUCCACAGAUAAUUUCAGAAAAGAUUUCAAUGGAGAAAAUUGCUAAGCUAAAUAAUAUCAACCUCGCAAACGUCUUCAAGGAUGGAAUGGAGAUAGUCCUCAGACUCCAUGAGAUAGGCUGGAUCAGAACCGAGAAGAGCACCUUCAAGUGUGUUCUAGAUAUGCUUAGGCUAUCUCAGAAGUGGAAAUACGAAUUUUUAUAUACAGAUUUUGAAUAGUUACCAUUAAAAUUUUCAAUCC